CCGCUCAGUCGGCUCUGUUCGUGUCAGCGUCUCUGGCGCAUCCUCAGACUUCGGCUCAGCUCGGAGAGACCACACCGAUCUGUAUGGUGGAGAACCGUUUCUCGCGUUUACCAGUUUCUGGGGACCGGCUGUAUGAUUAAGCUACAAUCUUCAAUGAGUAAGCAUAUCCCACAGUUCUGUGGUGUUCUGGGUCACACAUUUAUGGAGUUUCUGAAGGGCAGUGGAGACUACUGCCAGGCUCAGCACGCUGCCUAUGCAGACGAGUGAACGCGCAAACUCGCCAUCCAUCCCACGCACUUGAGCCACAGGAGGAACCCCGGAAGGUUGGCAGGACCGGGGCACCUCCCAGAACCAGCGAUCACUUGGCCUGGAUGGGGUAACUUCAGCCGUUGCACACUGCCCUCGUCGGCUUCCACCUGGCCAGAAUCAAGGUGGAACCAGCCUUUUUACUUCCUUUUUCUUUAGUUUUACUUCAGAGGAGAGGUUUACGUUACUUUUUCAAUUACCUGCUCCUUCCUGGCUGCCAGCUCGUUCUCAUUGCCGGUUGUUUUUGAGUUUUUGAUUCUCGUUCAUUUUUUAAAUUUCCGUCUUUGCCAACCUCAGAGAAGUUUGGAGGGUUUUUGUUAGCGGGCUUCACGGAGCUCUCUGGACGUUUGUUUGACAUUCCCUCCAACUCAAACUGUUUACAAGUCUUUCUACUCCGUGGAAAACCUUUGGCUUUUGGUAUAUCUGUACGUUGUUACGCUCUCACGAUGGCUCGAAUGAACAGACCCGCCCCCGUUGAGAUCACCUACAAGAACAUGAGGUUCCUCAUUACCCACAAUCCCACCAACGCCACGCUGAACAAGUUUAUAGAGGAACUGAAGAAAUACGGAGUCACCACUGUGGUGAGAGUCUGUGAAGCCACCUACGACGCCGCCCUGGUGGUGAAGGAGGGAAUCCAAGUUCUGGAUUGGCCGUUUGACGACGGAGCCCCUCCCUCCAACCAGAUUGUGGACGACUGGCUGAACCUGCUGAAGCUGAAGUUCAGGGAGGAGCCUGGCUGCUGCAUCGCUGUCCACUGUGUGGCAGGGCUGGGGAGAGCUCCGGUUCUGGUGGCGCUCGCAUUGAUCGAAUGUGGAAUGAAAUAUGAAGACGCGGUCCAGUUCAUCCGACAGAAGCGUCGGGGGGCGUUCAACAGCAAGCAGCUCUUCUACCUGGAGAAAUAUCGUCCAAAGAUGCGCCUGCGCUUCAAAGACUCCAACGGCCACCGCAAUAACUGCUGCAUCCAGUAGAGCCAAACGCCGCCCCGCCCUGCGCCGCGCCGGGCCGACCAGCUCCUCCCACCUCUGUUAGCUGAUCACCUGGCAGGCUUCUCUUUAUUCCCUUUAUUGUGUUCUCUUACUUUGAGAAACUGUUCUUGGUGAUCUGGCUGCCCCCCCCCCCCCUCCCCGAAAUGAAACGUCUUAACGGUAAAAAGUUGUGUGAGCGAUGUGUGUUUUUGUUUUCAAGCGCCCGGCAAGGAGAAUAAAAACCAAGGGAAUGAGUCGCGUAUCCUCGUCAGAUGUUGGAAAACUGUCGUUUGCAAUUAGAUCCCAAAGACCCCCCUCCCCCCUGGUCUCACCUGAAAGGUCAAAGGUCAAAGCUUCAGUUAGUGACCAGAAAGAGGUCUGCCUUCCUCCAAAUCAGAUUUAUCCUCCAGAAAUGCCUUACAAUCGAAGUGAAACGAGGCAACCGAGGCAGGAGCCCCUCCAGGCGGCAUUUUGGGGGAAAAACGAAACGGUUUCAUUUUCUACUUGGAGCUAAAUCCUCAGCCGUUGCCUUCAUCCUGAGCAGGAAGUCUUUACAUUGAUGCCCUUUCAGAAGCUCGUUUUAAUAUCAGAGGCUUAACUGUUGCAAGUUUUUUCGUUUUUCCUCUUUUUUCUUUUUUUUAUCAAACCUUGUGUUUACCAAUUAAACUGCCACGUCCAAAAUGUGAUCUUUUUGUUUUUUUGCUUCUAACUGGACUUCCAACAUCUGCAGCAUUUUGUAUGCCUUUUUAUUUGGUGUCUGUAACUUAAGACUUGGAUACUUGAUGAUUUUAUGUAUUUGCUAAUGUGUACUAUUACCAUUAGGUUGGCUAUUUAUACUAUCAAUGGAUGUGUGAUUUAGUACAGUGAGCGACAAAGUUGUACCUGUUCACCAACUUGUGAGAGUUCAUUAAAGGAAGCACUGAAAAGGAAA